AUGGUCAUCAUAAAUGCUAGUGCCAUCCAUUCCAGUGGUGUUCAGGACUGCAUUGUUUCAUUGCCUCCGAAGACAUCAAUGGAAACCUCAAAGCAGAUGCCACUGCUUCUUUCGCAGGAGCCAGCCGUCCCCGCAUCUAUGUGCCUCUGCGGGUUUCGGUCCGUGGAAGAGUUCCACAAAGGAGUCGACUCCGAUGUGUGUGAUGGCAUGAUUGCAAGAAACUUCAGGAACCAGCAAAGCAUGCUUGGUAGCUUCCUCGAUCCAAUGGCAGACAAGGUCUUGGUUGCCGUCCUCUUUCUGUCUCUUACAUACAAGGAUCUCAUUCCAUUGCCCCUGACAACUUUGAUAAUUGCCAGAGAUAUCUGUCUGAUGUCAGCAGGCUUCUAUAUUCGCUAUCGAUCUCUUCCACCACCCGUGAGACCUUGA